AUGCCUUCUCAGAACGCUUCCUAUGCCUCGUCGAGAGAUGAAAUUCAUUGGGUGAAACCAAACACGCCAACUCUCCUCGGUGACCUCGAAAAGAUCCCGAUUCCCGGUACAGACCUGAUCUUUGCGAGCCUUGAUGGAGGGUGGUUCUUACCCGGCCCAAUUCAUCUUGAAGGGCUCAAGACCGCUCUCGCCGCCGCCCUCCACGACUACCCCCACGCAGCCGGUCGCCUUCGUUCGGAUCCGGAGACCGGAAAGUGGUAUAUAGCUCUGACAAACUCUGCGAUAUCUAUCACUGUCCAUCGCAGUUCGGUCGAUCCUCGCCCUGAGGUAGAGUUCAUGUGCGAGAGGAACCCGGAAUUCUUGCCAUGGAGCUACGCUCCGACCAGCCAUAACGACGAGCCGCUCGUGCGGUUCAAGCUGACGUACUGGGAGGUCACCAACGAGUUCAGCUUUGGACCAAGCUGGUACCAUCGUCUGGGCGACGGACUCACGUUUUGGCGAUUCAUGGACAAUCUCACGAAUUGCUACGUAGGGGCCAAACCGUGUUUCGUUCCCACCUUUGAGAAGUACAUGACGGAUCCGCCUACUCUCGAGCGUUCCGCCCUCACCGAUACUGUCCGUCUCGUGCCACACCUCGCGGUGGACUACUCGGCGGAGCAGUUCUUUGCUAUGUACCAGAACAUAAUGGAGUCCACGUCUCGCAUCGAUCUCCAGUUCUCGAAGAAUCAGCUACAGAAGAUGCGCGUCUUCGCUGAGAAGAGUUCAGGCGUUAAGCCUAUCAAAUGGUUAAUGAACGUCAUAGACUAUAGAGGCGUGGUUGCUGCUGAAGGCAGCGAUUACACACCACCGCCGGCAUCCUCCGCGGGGAACAUCACUCUUACCAAGUACUCAGACAGAAUACCGGAUGACGCGAAGUUCCAGAUAGGGCCUAUCGCGUCAGUCAUUCGCAAUACUAUUGCGACCUCCCGCGACCCGGACUACGUCAGGCGCGUGGUCGCGAUCUCUGAGGAGCUGUACACUCGCAGCUCCAACGAGAACCGAUGCCAGUGGUGGUUCCCCUGGGAUGGGGGAGCGGCGAUAAACAACCUUUACCGGGUGCCGUGGACCGGUACACACUUCGGGUAUCCUGGCAAGGCGCGGUUCCACGUCCACGACGCUUGGGAACGCUACUUCCGCAUUUGGCCAGGCAACCCGACCCAAAACGAGCAGGGAGAAUGGCACGCCAAUGAAGGGAGCGCUCGCGUGUUCUUCCGUGUUAAGCAUCACCUCAAGGACAAGGUCUUGCAAAUCGUGCAGAAUGACAUCCGCAAUAUGGAGUUCGAUGACAUUAUGAAAGCCAAGAAAUGA